AUGACCGCAGCAUUAAGGAAUGAACUUUAUAAAAAUGUAAUUGUGGAUUUGGACAAUUUUUGGACGGAGCUUUUCCUGGGUAAAGAUUGGUCCGAUCAAACAUGGAAUAUUUGGAAAAGCUAUAAAGCAUACGAACAAAAUGAAAUUAAGAUCCAGGAAAAAGUUACUCGAAGUUAUAAAAAUAAGUUGGCCGGAAAUUUAGAGACUGUGAUGGAGGAAGAAACACCAAAAACUUUCAGAAAAACCCGAAGUCAGACAAAAAAAGAUGACGAAGAAUCGGCAAUUUUGGCAGAAAACGAAUCGCUCGAAAGUUCGCAAAAUAUCUUGAAUACAAAUAACAAUGAUAUCCAGAACAAAACCAAUAUGAUAGAGGCCGUAUCUGUGAAAACCCCGGAAAUAGUCUCUACUAACAAGAUUCUGACUGGAGACAUGACUGAAGAUGAAAUGUGGGACUGGCUAAAUUUUUAUCGUGAGAAUUUUUUGAAUCAGCUCACAGAUAAAUUCCACAGACCAUCGGAAAAGUUUACAACAAUCAUCAAAGAAGAAGAAGGCUCCAAGUUGCGCUGCAGUUAUUUUCGCUCGUCAGAUAAAUGCCCGAUGGGGGGUACUGACAAUGAUUACCAGGCCGACUUCCUCACAAAGAGAAUCGGGUCUUCCAAUGCUCAUAGUAAGGCUUGGUCAACAGAAAACAUCAAGUCUAAUUACGAUGCAAAGGAACUAGCUAUCUUGGGCUUUAGAAGAAGAAUUCUCGAUAACUUCUCCACCAAAUUCUUAGAUUUUAAGGCUUUAGCAUAUGAACUCCGAACGAUACUUUUUGGAGAGCCUGGAGAUGAAUAUAGCACCCCUGAAGAUUAUGAAGCCGAAUAUGAGAAGAUUAUUAAGGCAUUCAGCAAUACCAUUGAAGAUCUAAGAGGUAAGAUCAAUCAAUUACUACACAAUUACUACACAAUUACUACACAAUUACUACACAAUUACUGUUCCCUUAAAUGA